AUUUCUUUCUAUAAAAUGUGGAUAAGUUUAAGGGAUGGUACAAAGCGCGCCAUCUUCUUCGUCGUCGCCGGUCUUAUCUCUGUGGUUAAUUCCGAAGAUCCUUACAGGUUCUUCACCUGGAAUGUUACUUACGGCGACAUUUAUCCUCUAGGUGUUCGACAACAGGGGAUACUCAUCAAUGGUCAAUUUCCGGGUCCAGAUAUAAAUUCCGUCACGAAUGACAAUCUCAUCGUAAACGUCUACAACAGCUUGCCGGAGCCCUUCCUCAUCUCUUGGAACGGAAUUCAACAGAGGAGGAAUUCAUGGGAAGACGGAGUUUACGGAACCAACUGUCCCAUCCCGCCGGGAAAGAACUUUACGUACGUGAUGCAGGUGAAGGACCAGAUUGGCAGCUUCUUCUACUUCCCCUCACUCGCCUUCCAUAAAGCUGCCGGUGGUUUUGGAGGUAUCAAGAUCCUCAGCCGUCCCUUAAUUCCCGUCCCUUUUCCUGACCCCUCCGGCGAUUACACUGUUCUUAUUGGAGAUUGGUACAAGGCCAACCACUCGACCCUGAAGAUUAUCCUGGAUCGUGGUCAUAAGUUACCUUUUCCAGAUGGAAUUCUCAUCAACGGUCGCGGACCCAAGGGUAUAUCUUUCACAGUGGAACAAGGGAAAACUUACAGGUUUCGGAUAUCAAACGUGGGGCUGCAAAAUUCACUCAAUUUCAGGAUUCAAGGGCACAAGUUGAAGCUGGUCGAAGUUGAGGGAACACACACUAUGCAGACCACCUAUUCCUCCCUUGAUGUCCAUGUUGGACAAUCCUACUCAGUUCUUGUGACUGCUGAUCAGCCUGCUCAAGAUUAUUACAUUGUUGCGUCCACCCGUUUCACCACUUCUAUCCUCACCGGCACUGCCAUUCUCCGGUACAGUAUUUCCGCCGGUCCUGUAAAGGGCCCACCCCCAGGUGGACCUACUAUCCAAAUCGAUUGGUCCCUUAACCAGGCUCGCUCUAUCAGGACUAAUCUCACGGCAAGUGGGCCAAGGCCAAACCCUCAAGGCUCAUACCAUUAUGGCCUCAUCAACACCACACGAACCAUCAUUCUGGGCAACUCUGCAGGUACUGUCAACGGCAAGCAGAGAUAUGCAGUGAAUAGUGUGUCAUUCAUCCCGGCUGACACACCCUUAAAGCUCGCCGAUCACUUCAAAAUUGGAGGCGUAUUCCGCCUUGGAAGCAUCUCCGAUAAACCACCCCAUCGAAGUAUGUACCUGGACACAUCUGUUAUGGCCGCUGAUUUCCAUGCAUUCGUUGAAAUUGUGUUCCACAACAAGGAGAACAUUGUCCAGAGCUGGCACUUUGAUGGCCACUCUUUCUUCGUUGUCGGAAUGGAUGGAGGAGAGUGGACACCGGCUCGUAGGGGGCAGUACAAUCUCAAAGAUGCAGUUGCACGCUGCACCAUCCAGGUAUAUCCCAGGUCAUGGACGGCUAUUUAUGUUGGACUCGAUAACGUGGGGAUGUGGAACUUGAGGUCCGAGUUUUGGGCACGUCAGUACCUUGGGCAGCAAUUUUAUAUGCGAGUCUACACACCUGUGGAGUCUACUAGAGACGAGAACCCUAUUCCAGGGAAUGCACUUCUCUGCGGCAGGGCCAGUGGAGGACAUACUCGACCACUCUAAAUUGAUCAAGGGUGAAUGGGAGUAAU